AUGGCCGCUACACCGGUGCAAACUCAGACCCUGGGGUCCCAUGCGCUCUCAAGCACAGCGACAUGGACGCUGCAGCCCGAGCCAGGCGCACAGUCUGCGGCUCCCACAGAGCCCUGCGAGCAGCUCAACGAAAACAUUCAUUCAAAUAGCCUCGAUCAAAGAACGCUUCUCAAAGUAGCCAGCGCCAGCUUCUCGUUCUUCUGCGCCGGUGUCAACGAUGGCAGCACGGGCGCCAUCAUCCCCCAUGUCAUUCGCGACUACAACGUCAACACCGCCAUUGUGUCGAGCAUCUACGGAGCCACCUUUGCCGGCUGGGUCGUGGCCGCCCUCACCAACACCCACCUCGGCCAGUACCUCGACCUGGGCGCCAUGCUCGCCCUCGGUGCGGUCCUGCAGAUCCUGGCGCAGGCCCUGCGUGCCUGGAUGCCCCCGUUCGGUCUCUACGUGACCACCUUCUUCCUGGUCGCCGUGGGCGCAGCGUACAACGACACACAUGCCAACACCUUUGUCGCGACCGUCAGGGGGGCGCAUCGCUGGCUGGCUGUCAUCCACGCCUCGUUCAUGGGCGGUUGCCUCGUGGGACCAUUCGUGGCCACAGCUGUGGCCUCGGCAGGCGAGCAGCGCACGUGGAAUCUCUUCUACGUCUUCCCUGUCGGCAUCUGUCUCGCCAACCUAGGCUUCAUAGCCUGGGCGUUUCGCGACUCACUCACCCUGAAACACAGGAAGCCUCUCCCAGUCAGCGCGGACAACGAAGGAGAAGAAUCUCAGACGACGCGCGGCAAAGGUGCCACGGCCCUCAUCAGAGCGGCACUUGGCCGCCCUGCCGUCUGGCCUCUCAGUCUCUUCUUCUUCUUCUACAUUGGUUCCCAGAUCACGUCCAACGGCUGGGUGGUUGAAUACUUGGUCGAGGUCCGCGGGGGCGACCUUUCUCGGAUGGGCUACGUACCUGCGGGCUUUAACGGUGGAUGUCUGCUGGGUAGACUGCUGCUCGCCGAACCGACACAUCGCCUCGGCGAGAGGAGGAUGGUCUUCAUCUACUGCGUACUGGCGGUCGGUCUGCAGAUCUUGUUCUGGAUGGUUCCCAACAUUAUUGCUGCGUCUGUCGCCAUCUCCUUUGUCGGCUUCUUCACCGGACCGCUCUUCGCGACGGGUAUCAACGUGGGCACGAAGCUGUUCCCACCAGGGUUGCACGCAACUGCCCUCGCUUUCGUGUUUGUGUUUGCCCAGAUGGGCGGCUCGUUCUUCCCCGUCAUCGCCGGUGUCAUCGCCUCGAGCGAGGGGGUUGGCACUCUGCAGCCCAUUCUGGUGGCCAUCCUGGCGUGCACGGGCAUCAGCUGGGUACUUGUCCCCAGCGCCAAGAGGCAAGGAAAUGUGGCGGCCCUGCACGAGGAAUAA